AUGGGUGGCGUGGUGCUCGACUGGGGCGGUGCAGAUGUGGGAGAAUAUGCUCCAUUUGACGGGCUCAAAAUAGGCUCGGUCGAUGGAGUCGUCGGCUGGGGAGUGGGUGUGGUCGGGGGAGAGGUGGAGAGAGUCGGGGAGGCGGACUCCGGUCACGGGACGGUUGCCGGUGACGACCUGAUGAAGAAGUAUUAUUUGAAAUCGAAUAUUAACGUAAAGCUUAGGACCCAACAACGUGAACUGAAGAGACGGUUAAUCGCAUGGCUCAAGAAACCGCUGCCUGGAAUGCCGCUCAAAAGGGACGCAAUAGGUACAAAGGACAUUGAUAUCACGUUCGGAUAUUGCGAUACGACAAACAGCGACAAGAACACAAUUAUCGAGAGUCACCCUCCAAAGACUGGCUCUAUGAAUAAGGUUUACGAGUGCAGAUCUUACUCAGCCAAAGCAGUUGGAUCCCAUGUAGGCGGUACUUCUUGCUUGACUUUAUCUGACAGAGCUAUUUGUGAUCUUUCCAGCUCAACAGUGUACAGACCAAUCAACCAACCAUCAAAAGCAAGAAUCUUUGUGGUUGAUGCAUCAUUUUUCCAGCAGCCCUUGAAGUCGAACAUUGCAUUGAACACGCCGGAAGGUACUUUCCCCGAUAAAGACAAAUCCUGGUUACAAUGCUCUGACAUCUGA